AUGGUGAGUUCAGAAUCGCCCGCGGUGUCCCGUGGUGCCUCCACGAGUACACGCAACAACAAUGGGCGUAGAACCACAGAACUACUAACCCCAGGACAGUCAUUACUCAAGUUAAACAAAGAAGAGGCUCAGUAUGGUUCGUCUUCCUCCUUGUCUCCUCCAUCUCCCACGGAAGGCCAGGACUCCGGGAUAAGGAAGCUUGCCACUCUUCAUGAUUCCCACACUUUAGUGCCUGCUUCGACAAAUAGCUCCCCAGUAACGAACAGCACUUCCGAAAAUCGUUUUAAUGACCUGGAGACUCCACAGACCCCCAUCAUUCCACAGGAUUCAGAAACACAGGAAAAGUCGGAACAAAAAUCCUCUGUAGGCACUCAAGAUGUGCCUGACGAAAAUUCUCCUUUGGAAGCCAGCGGGACACUCUCUGAUAGCAUGAACAGUCAUCUACGUCAUUCAUGGUCCGAUCUCGUUAAUCACGUUGAAGACGUUGAAGAUACGAAUAAAGUGCCUCAGGGAAAACCGGAGCUCAACUUGAUCAGCAGUGAAGACUACUUCAAGACAGAGUUUAUACCAUUGGUGAACAGCAUCAUUAAAGCAGUGGAAACAGGCGACGGUUGGGGGACAGAAGAUCCAGGAGUUGGUAAAGAUACAGUAACCGAAACCGCAUGCCACGACUUACCGCACAACUCCCAUGAUGAAGGAAACACUGUAAGCCAGGCCGCUGAGGAACAACAGAAGUCACCGCAGGAAGAGUACGAUGCAAUCCAAGAGGCGGUGCAUUUGGACCCCACCGCAGCUAUUCCUGCUUCGGAAGGUGGGGAACAGGGCGACAAGGGCACUCAGCCACGUGCCUCAACACCAGACCAACAGCACCUUGUAAAUGAACUACCUGUCACAGACAGCAGUGAGCAGCUGGUGAGUGACCACGGUUCCAACAAAUCGCUGACCAGCAGCAAGGUUGGAAAUGGAAUAUAUCCGAAUACAGCAAGUUCGUCUCAGAAUAACAUGCAUAUAGGCUUUCCGAAACGUGCUUGGUACGUAACAAAGGCGGUAGGACGGAAACACAAGGGGAAGCUAGAAGUGGCUGGAGCACUGGCUCUCACAGCUCUUAUAGUAGGUGGAAUUGUGUACGCAUUCAAGAAGAUACGGCGGCGCAUUCCGAUUUCGAACCCCUUUGUAAGUACAGUAGACCCAAAGAAGUGUUUUGUGCUCGUAGACUUCGAGAAAGCCCACAGGUCUCAGGCUAUGGGCAAAGUGGUGAGCAUUCAGGAAGUAUUUGCGAACAACGCCUAUCGGAUUCUGACUGUACGCUACGCCGAAAAGCCAGCACUCCGGAGCUCCAGGGGGAAGGAACUAUUCAACUGGAUAAAGUACCGGUCUUCAUUCGCAAAACUUCUGACACAGCGAGAAGAAAACCUGUCAUUCCCGGAAUCCUGCAUGGCUGGGAUGCACUCGGGCUAUCAGGUGAUAGAACAACUGGGUCAUGUCCAGUACCUAAUGGUGGAUUUAGACCUUAACCCCGGGCCUUUAACUGUGCCGAGAGAAGUAAUGGAAAAUGACCGCAUUGACGAUCUGCUGAGUGACUACGAGAAAGACCCAAUAUGGAAGCUUUACGAAGACUGUAUAAUGCAUAUCACUAUCAAUAAACCAUUUAGCGGCUCACUUGUUGUGCAGAUAGAGCCAGCGAGGGAGCGAGUAACAUUUCAAAACCCCGAGUUGCAUGAUCUGAUUUCUUUGCUGCCGAGGGAAUGUGAAUGGAGCGAGCCUUGGAAGUUGCGCGUUGUUUACAAGAGUGGUGGAAUAAUUCCUCUAGAUUUGCUGCUAAUGAUGAGCGCUGCUGACACUUUGGUGCCAGAAACAGUGCCCUUGAAAAGAUUCUCCAGCAGUGCAAAGUCAAGCUGA